AUGAAACUUGACACAGUCCCCGGACCUGAUUUUAUAUCAGCAGACGUUCUUAAGGCUGGUGACCAUCCAAUUAAUGUAAUUUUAGCAGCGCACAUGACGUCCUACCUUCAGAAAGAAAGGGUCCCAGAGCUGCUUGGACCACAUCCAGAGGUAUCGAGAGUCAUAGAAAUUUGCUUUCUCCUUGUUGUAAUCUUCAUCUACUAUGUGGAAGCCUUCGACUGCAUAGAAACGAAUGCAAUACCGUCAGCGCUGGUCUAUCAAGGUGUGGACACGUCGUAUGUGAGGACAUUAGCUAAUUGCUACGAUAGAUGUACCACGAAGAUACAGCUUUUCCACUACCCUCUACCCAAACCCUUUGGAAAGAGGAUACGACAAAUCGAUACUAUAUCACCAAAGUUGUUCAUGGCUGUAUUGCAAUGGAUAAUGAGAACACUUUUUUUGGGAAGCAAGGGGCAUACGUCUUGA